AUGAGCUCGCAAGGAAUGACGAGAAAGCGACCUGCACCGGGAACAGUCCCAGUUGCUCACCCACAAAUAAAUACUCUCCCCGCUGGACUACCAAACUUUCCGACCACAGCCAACCCCGGUUCUCAGCUCUCAAACGAUCAAUUCUUACAAUGGGGUCAGAACCCCUCCGCUAAUACCGCCGCCAACUCCGCUUUUCCCGAAAACCCCUACAACGCCGCAGCAUUUGUACCGCCUCAAGAUGCAUCCGCACCCGCUGUGACAGCGUCUAACCAACUGGCUCGCCGCCAAGCGACCCAGAACCAAACCCCGAACCAGAACCAGAAUCAGAUGGUCAGCAGAAACCGCGGAUACGAGCAGCCUCCCGCCUCAUAUGUGGAAAACGGAGGGAGCAAUGGAAAUGGCGAAAGCGGAGCAUGGGGAGAGUCACUAGAAGAGCUUUAUCGGCGGGCUUUGACCGCGAAGAGAGAUUCACAAGCCAAGCGGAAGCAAAUCCCACCGUUUGUGCAAAAAUUGAGCAGCUUCUUGGAUGAAUCUAAGAAUACUGAGUUGAUUCGAUGGUCUGACGAUGGAAAUUCCUUUGUCGUUCUAGACGAAGAUGAAUUUGCAAGAACUUUGAUUCCAGAACUUUUCAAGCAUAACAACUACGCCUCAUUUGUUCGGCAGCUGAACAUGUACGGCUUUCAUAAGAAGGUCGGGCUGUCCGAUAAUUCAAUGCGUGCCAGCGAACGAAAAAACAAGAGCCCUAGCGAAUAUGCCAAUCCUUAUUUCAAACGAGGCCAUCCGGAUCUGCUAUGGCUGAUUCAAAAGCCGAAGAAUGCCGGAGGUGGUCAUGCGAGUAAACCCAGCAAAGGUGGCACCCGUGUGAAGACAGAGGAUAUUGAUGAUAACGACAUGGACGAGUACGUCGAAGAGGGCACACAGGCUCCUCGCGACACUCGUGCUCCUCGGCCUCAGCAAUUGUCACUAGUCACGGAUUCUUCAGUGCCAAAUGAUCAGCUUUCCGGGGUAUAUCGGGAACUUCAAGCUAUUCGUCAGCAACAAUCAAUUAUCUCCACCACAAUCACAAGGCUGCGUAAAGAACAUGAGCAGCUCUAUUCUCAGGCGGCCAACUUCCAAGAGCAGCACACUCGUCACGAGAAUUCUAUCAAUGCGAUUCUCACAUUCCUCGCAACUGUCUACAACCGCAGUUUACAGGGGGAGGGUGGACCACAAAACCUCGCAAAUUCUUUUGCGGGGGCUAUCUCGCAAGACCAAGGAAAUAUCGUGGAUGUUGAUGAUGACUAUCUCAGUAAUGCUUUGGGAUCCAUGACAAGCCCCAACGGCCAGAGAAUGAAGAAGCAACAGCUGCUUCUAAAGGCCCCUCCUACCUUGGACGAUAAUAAUCGUGCCUCCACAAUUUCACCAGCAGCCAGUGGUCAAUAUGACACAAGAUCUCGCGGUCAUGCCCGGCAACCCAGUGCCACCCAGUCUGGCCAUGUCGAGGAGGUCUUUGACCACAGCCCUCGGGCAAGCGCUUCAAAUAUUCCUCAAGGGCAGCAGGCAGACGACACAUUCCCAGAACAGGAUAUUAUGUCUGUCAUCCAGAACUCCAAUGCGCGUAAUGGGCUCUCAACAAACUUCUCCGAGUUCCCUAAUGUGCUUUCCUCCCUCGAAAACCAUGGUGGCAAUGUCCCACUCACGGCCAACCAACGUGCCGACAUGCUACGACUCAUGGCAAACGAGACCAAUUCGACAAAUCCACCCUCUGGCAUGUCACCUAAUAAUGCCCUUAUCUCGCCGACUCCACCACCAAUGCCCCACAACUACUCAAACCGGCUCGCCAGCACCCGGCAAGAGAUCGACAAUCUUGUCAAGAUGCAAGCUGAACAGGAUCGUUCUGUCCAAAACCUGACCAGUCUUCUCCAGCCCCUCAGCCCGAAUGGCACGAUUCCUGGCAUCGAAAAUGAUAGCAAUGUUCCUCCUCCUCCGCUUGACCUCGACACGAUUUUUAACAAUGACUAUUUCACCGAUAUUGGAGACUCAGGCUCUGGCAUCAAAAGGCCGGAGGAUCCAAUGAGCCAUUUGGCGACAGGUCAAAUCAACCAUGACAACGUGGGGACUAGCCAAGGCGACGAUGGGGAUACAAAUGACCUCUUCGAUUUCGACCACAUUCCCAACGAACCCGAUCUCUUUGAAACCACCCACGGGCAAGGCGAACAUCCCGCCUUCAACUACGGCUUCGAUGGCGCCGGAUACGACGACUCGGGACGAGUCAUCGAGCAGUUGACGGACAGUGAAACAACCAGUCCAGCAGCAACUGAGAAACACGGCGAAGCAGAUGACGGCGGCAGCGCCACGAAACGGCGCAAGAAGGCGUGA